GGCCCUAGGGUGGAGCUGCGUCUCCUAGCCGCAGAGUUAGGGAGAGCCCUGAGGCAGGGCCUGAGGGAGAAGUGGAGCAAAGAACCCUGAGUCGAGAUGGGAGCGCUCCCCGAGAGCCAGGCUGAGGCCGGGGUCGGACUGCGUGGGGCGGGGUAGAAGAUUAAACACUUUAAGAUGAGAAAAAUUGACCUGUGUUUGAGCUCUGAGGGGACAGAAGUGAUUUUAGCUACAUCAAGUGAUGAAAAACACCCUCCUGAAAAUAUGAUUGAUGGGAAUGCAGAAACAUUUUGGACCACAACAGGAAUGUUUCCCCAAGAGUUCAUUCUUUGUUUUCACAAACAUGUAAGGAUUGAAAGACUUGUAAUCCAAAGUUACUUUGUGAAAACGUUGAGGAUUGAAAAGAGCACAUCUAAAGAGCCAGUGGAUUUUGAGCCAUGGAUUGAAAGAGGUUCCCAUCGCAGAUUAUGGAAGGCCUGGGCCUCCUUGAGGACCAAGCCCAACUGCCCGCCCAGCUCGAGGGAUUGCUCUGUGCUCUGUACUCCCUGGGCAGAUUGUCUUUAUCUCCGCCGUCCCCAUCGUAUUUGCUUUGAGUUAUGGUCAUUGCCAUGUACGCCUAGUCCCCCACGAGGGUAAGCUGCUGGAGAGCAAUGGCUGGGCCUCGUCUGUCUAUGCAUUUCUCAGCACAGGGAAGAAGAAUCCAUGCUCAAUUCAUGUCUGAAGCAUUAAACUGAAGAGAAUUGAA